AUGUCCACAGACGUUGAACCUAUCACUCUGCCAGCUGUCUCACCAGAAGACCCUGCUGAAGUGCCCACUUCUCCCACACCAGCUGUCGCCACCGCCGUCACCCCAAUCAUCAGCAAAACAGCAUUUUGGUGGGAAAAGAAAAAAGCACCAGAGAAGACAGAUGAGUACCUGCUGUCUCGGUUUCGAGGAGACGGCGUGAGAUACAAAGCCAAACUAAUUGGGGUGGAUGAUGUACCAGAAGCCAGAGGGGACAAAAUGUGCCAGGACUCCAUGAUGAAACUCAAGGGCAUGGCUGUAGCUGCACGUUCUCAGGGAAAACACAAACAGAGAAUCUGGGUGAACAUCUCUAUGACAGGCAUGAAAAUCAUUGAUGAGAAAACUGGGGUCAUUGAACAUGAACACGUAGUAAACAAGAUCUCCUUCAUUGCUCGAGACGUCACAGAUAACCGCGCUUUUGGCUAUGUGUGCGGAGCUGAGGGGCAACACCAGUUUUUCGCUAUUAAAACAGCUCAGCAGGCAGAGCCAUUGGUCAUGGAUCUGAAGGAUCUCUUUCAGCUGAUUUUCAACAUGAGGAAGAAGGAAGAAGAGGCUUCUCAGAAGAAUGAAGCCGAUAAAUCAGUAGUUGAGAAUGGUGGUGAUGCUUUGCUGAGUUUGGAUGGCCAAGUGGGCACAGUCAAAACAAUGGAGCAGCUGAAUCUGUUUGGAGAUAUGUCAACUCCACCAGAUAUCCACUCUCCAACGCUGUCCAAUCUAAAACUGAUGGACCCGUCUCCUGUGAUUGACAACUCUAAUUCCCACCUUAAAGGAAAUCUCUUCACAUGUUCUCACCCCACUGAUUCCUGGGACACACCCACUGGAAACACUUUUUCACCCACCUUAGACUUUUUCCCCACACCCAGCCCAGAUCCUUUCAAUGACAACUUCUUUGGAAUAUCGGUCGACCAGUCAGAUCAUUCUCGCUGUGUGGUCUUAUCCAAUCACAGCCCUCAACAAUCAGAUUGUCACUUUAACUGGCCAGUAGGGAAAAGGAGGCUGAAUGGUGACUUUGCUCCCCUCUGUCAGCAAUUUGAAGAGACUUUACUAUUAGGUUUGCAGAACAGUCAGUGGCCACCAGGAGGCGAAAUGGCAAAAAUGAUUGAGAUUUCCGUCAAAGAACAGAAUGGAGAGGUCAACAAAAAUCCCUUUCCUUGUCUUUCGGUUCAGACCACACCCCUUCAUAAUGGAUAUGUCAAAUCCAUCCCCUCUGUACUUGAAACUCCUCCUAAAUAUAAUGGCUUUGAUGAUUCACUGCAUAGCUUUUCCAAAACGGUGCCUCUCUGUAACGGUGUGGCUGAAUCAACCCCCUUCAAGAUCCAAAAUGGCAGUAUGGUUCUCCUCAAACCACCUCCCCAAAGUUCUAAGUAUGGAUGCUCACGGAAAAAAGAAAAGUCACCUGCCAAUGACUUGUUUGGGAGUGACCCUUUUGCGCCACCGGCCUCGAGUGAUGGCACAUCAGCCCAGUCUGACUCAUCAUCCAUCCCAGCGGAUCUGUUCAGUGCUGCCCCCAAUCCUGCCUCUACUGUUAAUGCUUUGGGAUCAAUGUCUCUAGGUCCUCCAUCUGUCACUCAAGCCCCUGGCACCACCUCGUCUCCAUGGGGACAGCCUGCUACAUCCCUGUUCCCACCUUCAGGUGGUGUGCCCCAGAUAACAAUUCCAGGUGCUCAGCCAAAUGCCUUUUCCCAGCCCCCUGCCUUUGGGGGCAUGCCAACCGCCCCAUGGGGGCAACCACAAACAACCUCCCCAUUCAGCGCCCCUGCCGUCACUCAAGCUUGGGGUCGACCGGCCCCGACACCUCCAAUGGGGGCUUGGCCACCCUCAGGUCCAGCGAACAACCCAUUCCAGACAGGCGGGUUCCCUCCUAUGCCUCUGCCAGGAGGCCAGCAGGGUUCAGUGGUCACCAAUCGACCUCCACCUCGUCCCCCAGUAAAAGAUACCCCUGUGGUGAAAAGUGCCUUCACAGCUCUGGACCCCUUAGGGGAGAAGGAGCAGAAGAUUGGCAAGGAUAUGUUUAAAGACUUCCAGUUGGCCAAACCCCCUGCUGCUCCCACCCAAAACAAUGAGCAAGGGACAGCCAAACCAAGCACCAAUGGGAGUGGAGCAUUUGAUCAGUAUUUUUCCAGCAAAGUAGGUAUGGCCCAGGAUGCAGCUGAUCAUGACGACUUCGACAUCAAUCAGUUGUCACCCACCCCAAAUGAGCUUCCUAAACCUGCCCCACGGCAGUCUAACCCCUCUGCAGCACCCAUCCAGACUCCCAGCCUAACCCCUGCCCCAGCUGAAGACCUCCUGGAUGCAGCCUUUUCUUCAAAUCCAGUUUCUGGUUCCACUCAAGCCCCAACCCCUACUCCAGGGUUAGGCAUGGACAUUUUCGAUGACGCCUUUGGGAACAACCCUUUUGGAGCACCGCCCUUCAUCUCGAGCACUCCCUCUACCCAGACUGCUGGCCCUGCGGACGCGUUUGGAGACCUCUUUUGA